AUGCCACCAGUACAACAAUAUCAAUAUGUCGGUCACCAACCAUCCAACUGGGAUAAAUUUAAAAUGGGUGCCAUUAUGGGUUCCACUGUUGGUGUUUGUGUAGGUGUUUUAUUUGGUGGAUUUUCCAUCUUGCAAAAUGGCGCAGGCCCAAACGGUGUAAUGAGAACCUUGGGUCAAUAUAUUUUAGGAUCUGUUGGAACUUUUGGCUUGUUCAUGUCGAUUGGUUCAGUGAUCAGAUCCGACUCUGAGUUUAUGCAACAGCAAAGAUUGAUGAUGAUGCAACAACGUGCCAAGUUGACUGCUAUUUACAGAGACCAGUAG